AUGGCAUCCCCCCUCCUCAAGACCCUCGUCGUGCCCGCCGCGUCGGGCACAGCGACGGCCAGUGUCAUCUUCGCUCACGGCCUGGGAGACUCUGGCCUGGGGUGGCUAGAUGUGGCCAAGAUGCUCUCGCGACGUCCUUCUCUCAAUCAUGUCCGCUUCAUCCUGCCCAAUGCUCCGGUGCAGCCCGUGUCCCUCAACAUGGGCAUGCCCAUGCCCUCUUGGUUCGACAUUACCACGCUAGAGGACAUCAGCGAGGCAGAAGACGAGAGGGGACUCCUCAAGAGCUCGUCAGAAAUCAACAGGCUGAUACAGGCUGAGAUUGAUGGAAGUGCAGAAGGUCUGGGUGGAAAGGGCAUCGAGGCUGGACGGGUAGUCGUAGGCGGGUUCAGCCAGGGCGGCGCCAUCGCCUACCUGACCGGCCUCACCCACCCCACUCCCCUCGCAGGCAUCAUCGCCCUUUCCUCCUGGCUUCCUCUCAAAUCCAAAAUCGUCUCCCUCCUCUCCCCCCACGCCAAAGACACUCCUGUCUUCCACGGUCACGGCUCGUCGGACCAGAUUGUCCAAUUCACCUUCGGGAAGAGGACGGUGGAGUUUUUGAAGAGCGAAGCGGAGGGAGGGCUAGGCAUGGGAGAGUUCAAGACUGCGAGCGGGGCGGGGAGACAGGCAAAGGGUGUGAAAUUUGAGAUUUAUAGAGGAAUGGCGCACUCUGCCUGUCCUGAGGAGAUCGAGCACGUUGGUCAAUUCCUAGAGUCUAUCGUGCCUAAGCAUUGA